AUGGCACAUGGAAUCCUUGAUCAGUCUCAUGAUCAUGGGAAUAUGGAGUUGGAAGACAUCGGAGAGCUGUAUUUUAAAGAUUUAUGGGCGAGAUCCUUCUUUCAAAACGUUAUUGAUCAUGAUAGGUUCUACCGUUUUGAUAUGCAUGAUCUUAUUCAUGAUCUUGUACAAUCAGUUACACAGGAAUGCGAACAACUGGAUUUGGGGAAAGUAAACUAUCAAGGAACUCCACUGAAGCUCCAAAAAUUGUUUAUUAGACAACUACCACGGAUGGUGGCAUUGCCUGAAUGGCUUCAAGGAGUGGCUAACACCCUUCAAUUCUUGGCUAUUGACGAGUGUGAUAAUUUGGAGGCAUUACCUGAGUGGUUGGCAAGUUUCACAUCACUCAAAAAGUUGGUCAUUGGUUCAUGUCAGAAAUUGUCGUCUUUGCCAGAGGGGAUGCGUUCUCUUACCUCCUUAAGAGAACUUGUGAUUCAUGAUUGUCCUGAAUUGGAGAGGAGAUGCCAGUAUGACAUUGGAGAAGAUUGGCCCAAGAUUUUUCAUGUGCUACAUGUUUCCUUGUCCUCCUUCAAUUGA